AUGUUGAGUGUAUUUCGGAAAAAAUGCACCAAUUUGGUUAUUGCUCGUUACAAAAAUAGGGCGGUGCGAAUUAAGUAUUGUUAUAAUUUGAAGCGGGAAUUCUCCAAUGGCAAGGCAAGCGGUGGUAAGAUCGGGCAGCGGGACAUCAAGAAUGGGAACUGGAGGGAAAAAGUGAAUCCACAUGUGAAUACAAAGACAAAGGGAAGGGCGCCCUUUCCCCCAAGUGUAGACCCGGAUGCAGCUACAGGUGAAGAAGACCCCAGAGACAUAUAUUUUAACAACAAAAUGAUCGAAAAAAAAGUAGCAGACAUAAUGAUAAAAAACAGCCACAACGAAUCCCUUUUUGAAUUUCUGCCCAUGGAAGGGAGAACGAAUAAAGUACCACAAGGUUUUAAAAUAUGUCAAUGCCUUUUUUUAUUGACCCUUUCCAGUGGAGUGUUGCUCAUUCACAUACUACCAGAAAUAGGAAGGGAAAAUUACAUACGAGACAUUUUUUCCUUGGAGAUUUAUUGCUGUUCAUGCAUUUUAGUGUUCCACGGAGGGUUUAAUUCAUUGCUGCAAUUAAUUCAGUAUGGAGUGCCUCCGACCAGAAAGUACAAAGGUUUGUACAACAGCUUACGUUUGAUCUCCUCCAUAAUUCCUUUAUUUUUUGGUUUAAUAACAUCAUCGUUAUGUGAAAGUUUUCCCAGAGAUAGCAUUUUACUUUUAAUGCUAUCGUACAUGUCACUCUGGCUGAAUUAUUACCUAUUACACAACAAGUGCUUAAUUCCGGCAUGGAUGUUCAGACAGUCCAAGUUUUUAAUUUGCUUCGUUUUACUUAAUUUGGUUUUGUUGUUAAUAAGCGAGGCGCAGAUUUAUAGGGGGCGGAAGGUUUCCAUCCAGGUUGAUGACUAA